AGGGAUCUUUAAUGGGGCGGGGACUGCGGUGGGGGCGGGGACCUCGGAGAGGUCCGGACCGCCCCCUCGAUCCCGUCCAGGAGCAACAAAACCGUCAGCUGCAGGAGCAGUGGGAGGAGCUGUCAAGCCAGAAACAACUGGAGCUGGUGGAGGCCAAGCACGCCAGGCAGGCGGAGGCCCUACGGCAGAGCGCACAGCGGAUGGAGGAGGCCUGGGCCAGCUUCCAGGAGCAGAGCGGAGUCUUGCAGGAGCUGCAGGGGAAGGUGAUGGAGGCGGUGACUGAGCUGGACGCCUCGCAGGGCGGCCCGGAGCCGUGCGGGUCGCAGCCUCGCCGGGGGCAGAGCUGCGCGGGCUCGCUCAUGGAGGAGGUGGCCAAAGCGGACUGUGAGAAGCGGCUUUUCGGCGGCGCGGGCGCGGCGGGCAUCAGAUAUUCUGUCAUCAUUUUUUUAGUUUUCGGUCUUUGGAGGGCCAUGUGGGUGGGGAUGGACACUGUGGGGAGGUUGGUGCAUGAGGACGGUGGUGUCCUGGAGUAGAGGACCUGAAGGUGGUUGAGAGGGACACCGGGAAGGACCGGAGCAGAGGCAGGAUGCAGAGCAACG